AUGAAUAGAGAUAACGAUCUACGCCUCGUGAAUGCUGAUUUGCAACAUUGCCAGUCACUCUCAGGAUUCCAUGAAGCUCUGAGGACAGAACUGUAUCGUCAGAAAUUACGUAAGAAAACUAGGCACAGACUAAUCCACACGCCUUCCAGACAAAUCCCACAUCAUGUACUACGCUCUGUGUCGACGUCUUCCAAAGCAGAGAUUUUGGGUCCCACGCUUUCCUACCGCGCCAAGGGACCUACGUCGAUCACGCAGUCUGAGCGGACUAGACACACAAAACGACGUAAAAUGGCUUUAUCCAGUAGGGAGCUCAGUCGAGAAGAUGAACGUGGCAGCGACACACUCUCAGCUCAACCUUAUAGCGAGCUUGACGUUGAGAAGCGCUGUGCCUCUCAACGCGGCGCACUUCCACCAGACGCUCGUUCACCUCCAGAGGUAACGUGGCCGGAACUGUCUCGCGGAAUUCUUUGUUCGCUGCUCGUGAAAGUCGCAUCCUUGAGAACGUGUUUCCGACAGAGAGGCCGAGAGCUGUGGUUGUGUGAGAUGAUGGAACCCCAAAUUGACUUUCAGGUGAUAAGAAACGCAAACCUCGAGACGGUAAUUGAUAAUCUGAUAGUCAAGCCCUUUGCCAAGCCUGCCGUAGAGCCCGUGUGGCUUGCUCGCCUCCUGAAGACUUCCGACGAGCCUUCUUAUUGUGGCUCAGAACUGAAGGACUUUCCUCACCAAUACAACUUCGUCUUUUCCUUCCACCACGGGGCUGUGGAUGGGAUCUCGGGCUUGCUGAUCCUCACCGCGUUCCAGAAACUACUCGAAGACGUGGUCACAGGAGCUUAUAUCGACCAAGAGCAGUAUGGAAGGCUUGUGAGUGAGGAAGAGACCAUGAAACUAGAGAGGGAAGCUCUUGACAAGUUAGAAGACAAUCCGGAGGAGCUUCAAAGGUUGGUCGAUGAAAUGGCAGGUACGUUAUCCACUCCUCUGAUCAACCAGGCGUUCGGUACUCCGGCGAAAGAGGAAUUUCCCACGAGGAUUUUGCAGAGGAUCUUCAAGGCUCACCAGCUACGCGCUUUCCAAGGAAGAUGUCGCUCUCACGAAAUCACCCUCAACUCGGCACUGGCGUCAGUGAUAAACACAGCUUUGGUCGAGCUGGUUGCAGAGGCGGGGUUGGAGAGGGACGCCUACACCAUCACUAGUCAGCACGCCAUCAACAAGAGGCGCUAUUGGAAAGGCAACAACUCCACGGUGCUCGGGAACCACGUGGGCCCCAUGUCCCACACCAUGCACACCCCCCGCGGCAACAGGAAGAACUUCUGGGCAUAUGCCAAGCGGUUCGACGCCGAGUUCCGCAAGAAGCUGAAGGAGGGAUACAUCUUCCAGGAGAAGAUUAUCAGGUCCAAGCUGCUCCCUGAGGAUUACAGCCACGAGGCCUUCUACAGCUCUCCGCCGCCUACUGUAUAUGAUUACUUUAUGACCAACAUCGUCAUACCACACAAAUUUGAACAUGGAACAGGAAAGGUUAUUCAGCUAACUGAAUACAGGAAUCUGUGUAACAUCAGUCGCUGCGAUUAUCCCAUGAUACAUAUGCUCAACGACAUGUCACAGGAGGAUGUUAAUUACACGCUCAUGUAUGCCACUGGUCGGUUAAGUCAUGAUACAGCUCAAGCUUUUCUUGACAAAAUAAUGGAUGUGUUGUCAUAUGCAGUGAAAUGACUGCUUCCUCGUUCUUGUCAGUGACAGAAAACAAGACAUACAUAUUAUUAGUUAUAAGCUGAUUUAACAAGUAUUUUGUUCUGUUCACGCACAUACGAUGGAAAGAAUUACAUUUAUAUAUUAUGAUUUAUAUGUUAUUCAAGAGCUUGUUGAUAUUUUAUAAAUAAAUGUUUUUGUCAAUCA